CAUGCCCAUCCACCCUCAGUUUAAAACUUUUCACAAUGUUUUACACAUUGAUGAAAAAUGGUUUUACAUGUCUAAAACUUCCCAAAAAAUUUACCUGCUUCCAGAUGAAAUUGACCCACACAGAACAUGUAAGUCCAAAAAGUUCAUAACUAAAGUCAUGUUUUUGUGUGUGGUUGGGAGACCACUAUUUGCUGAGAGUGGAGAAGUAUUGUGGGAUGGAAAAAUUGGCAUUUUCCAUUUCACAGAAACAGUUCAAGCUCAGAGAAAGAGUAAAAACAGAGCAAAAGGGGUGAUGGAGGUGAAGCCAAUCACUAGUGUUACCAAGCAAGUGACAAAGGAUAUGCUGAUCAAACAAGUCAUUCCAUGUAUCCAAGAAAAAUGGUCAACACAAUUAUCUAGAGACAUACACAUUCAGCAAGAUAAUGCAAGGCCACACAUUCAAGGACUGGACUCUGACUUUAUGGCAGCAUUUCAAAGAGCAUAUAAUGCCCUCAAUCCAGAAACCUUGAAUAAGGUUUGGUUGACAUACCAACAGGUGUUGACUAAGGUAAUGGAACAUGAAGGAAAUAACAACUACAGAUUACCACAUAUGGGGAAAGAUAGACUUGCCAGAGAAGUAAAUCUUCCUAAGUCUUUGAGCAUAGACCUGGAUCUUAUUCAGAAGACAGCAAGAUUGGUUGGACAACAGAAUGGAGGUAGAAAUGAAGGAAUGGUUGCGUUCAACACUGAAGAGGGAGAUGACUACCAAUCUUCAGAGUUGAACUAAACACACUUUUUUUUGGGUUUCAGUGUAUGUAAUUGGUUGCCACUGUGGGUUUUUGGAGAGUGGUUACCACAUUAUGUUUUGUGG